AUGUCUUACAUCCAGAGAACCACACCAGAUGCUGUCGCCACAGUGCUAUGCUGUAACUGUGGUGUGCCCAUGGACGGAUCCCUGGGCUUGGUUAUGUGUUACGAUUGUAUUAAGCUUAAUGUGGAUAUCACUGAAGGUAUACCAAGAGAGGCAAACGUCAGUUUCUGUCGUAACUGUGAGCGCUUCUUGCAACCACCUACUCAGUGGGUUCGUGCCGAGUUGGAAUCCAGAGAGUUAUUGGCCAUCUGUUUAAGGAGAUUGAAAGGUUUGUCGAAAGUCAGAUUGGUGGAUGCCUCUUUCAUUUGGACGGAACCGCACUCCAGAAGAAUUAGAGUGAAGUUGACCGUUCAAGGUGAAGCAUUGCAAAACACCAUCGUGCAACAAACUUUCGAGGUCGAAUACGUGGUGAUUGCCAUGCAAUGUCCUGACUGUGCCAAGUCCUUCACUACCAACACCUGGCGGGCCAGUGUCCAGAUUAGACAGAAGGUGGCCCACAAGAGAACCUUCUUGUACUUGGAGCAGUUGAUCUUGAAACAUAAUGCUCAUGUGGAUACCAUUUCGAUUCAGGAAUCCAAAGAUGGUUUGGACUUCUUCUACUCACAGAGAAACCACGCCGCAAAAAUGAUGGACUUCUUGUCUGCUGUUGCACCAAUCAAAUCCAAGAGAUCUGAAGAAUUGAUCAGUAUUGAUACGCAAUCUGGAUCUUCUACUUACAAGUUCACUUUCUCCAUCGAGAUUGCCCCAAUCUGUAGAGACGACCUCGUUAUUCUUCCAAAGAAAUUGGCCAACUCAAUGGGAAACAUUUCCCGUUUAGUUGUCUGUACCAAGGUCACCAAUAUGAUCCAGUUAACCGAUCCUAUCACUUUGCAAAGAGCAGACUUGUUAGCCAACCACUUUUGGCGUGCUCCAUUCCCUUCCUUGUUAGAUGUGACGCAGCUCGUGGAGUUUAUCGUCUUGGAUGUUGAGCCCACUGGUGAUGUAAGAGGUAAAUUCGUUUUGGCAGACGUUGAGGUUUGCAGAGCUUGCGACAUGGGAGUCAACGACAAGACCUUCUACGUGCGCUCCCACUUGGGUGCCAUUUUGCACCCUGGUGACUCUGCCAUGGGAUACUAUUUGACCAACACAAACUUCAACUCUGACCUUUGGGAUAGCUUGGAUACCAGCAAUACACCUGAGGUUGUUCUAAUCAAGAAGCACUACACAAGAAAGUCUAAGAAGAGCAGAAACAGAAAGUGGAAGUUGAAGAGAAUGGCUCUCGAACACAAUGAUAUCGUUGCUAAUGAUGACUCCAGACAAGCCAAACAGGAACAAGAGCGUGCUGAGAAGGAUUACGAAUUGUUCUUGCAAGAAUUGGAAGAGGACCAAGAGAUGAGACAGACCAUUAACAUGUAUAAGGCUGGCGAAGAGCCAAUGCCAGAAGCCACUGAGGAAGAUGAGAUGGAAGAUGAGGAAGAUUUGGAGGUUGGUCUCGACGAGUUGUUGGAUGAGAUUGAUGGAAUGACCCUUGACUAA